UUUAGAUAUAGACACUACUGUUUACUCUUGUUAAUAUAAUUAUUUAAUUUGCAGUGUUCUCUUAGAUAUGGAGAAUGUAAAAGGACACCGUGAACCGUUUUCCGUGAUUUAACUGAUGAAACUACAACUCCCGUGAGCGCCGGGAACAAUGAAGUGCGCAAUCUCAGAUUCGGACGUGUUCAGCUGAAACAGGAGUUUGUGUGGAAUAAGGAAGACCUCCUCUGAAACACUAACUGCUGCUUGUUUGCAAAUAUGUACCGACCCGAAAUCUGCUUUAUAAAGUGACACAUUUUCCACCGAUAUUUUGGUUUUGGCAGUAAAUCAUCAUGGGGACAGUUUUCGCCAUUGUUCUUGUUUUUGUCGGCUGCUGUAGCAAUGUGGUGUCUCUGGAGCUGCUUGUAAGAGAGUUUCCAGGAUGCGGCAACAUCGUCACCUUCGCUCAGUUUUUAUUCAUCGCAAUAGAAGGUUUCAUCUUUGAAACAAACUUUGGGAGGAAGAAACCAGCAAUCCCUGUCAGUAACUAUGUGAUCAUGGUGACAAUGUUCUUCACAGUCAGUGUGAUCAACAAUUACGCUCUCAACUUCAACAUUGCCAUGCCGCUGCACAUGAUCUUCAGAUCAGGAUCACUAAUCGCAAACAUGAUCCUAGGAAUAAUCAUCCUGAAGAAAAGGUAUUCAGCCAGUAAAUAUCUGUCUAUAGCUUUAGUUUCAGCUGGUAUCUUCAUCUGCACCAUCAUGUCUGCCAGGCAAGUGAAUGUUGCCAGUGAGGGAUCAGAAGAACAAGGAUUUUAUGCCUUUGUGCACUGGCUUAUAGGUAUUGCCAUGUUGACCUUUGCUCUGCUGAUGUCUGCGAGGAUGGGCAUUUUCCAGGAGAUGCUGUACAAACAGUAUGGAAAACACUCCAAAGAGGCUCUCUUCUAUAAUCAUUUCCUGCCUCUGCCAGGCUUCCUGCUUCUCUCCAAAGACAUCUACAACCACUGUGUCCAUUUCAGUCAGAGCACUCCAGUAGUCGUUCCUGUGGUUGGACUGACCAUGCCGAUAAUGUGGCUCUACCUGCUGAUCAACAUCAUCACACAGUACAUUUGCAUCCGUGGUGUUUUCAUUCUGACCACAGAGUGCGCCUCGCUGACCGUCACUCUGGUGGUGACUCUGAGAAAGUUCCUCAGCCUCAUCUUCUCCAUCAUUUACUUCCAAAAUCCCUUCACUGCCUGGCACUGGGUGGGCACAGCCGUGGUCUUCCUGGGUACUCUGCUGUACACGGAGGUGUGGAGCAGCAUACAGACGGCUCUGCGUGGACCCGACGUCAAGGGCAAGAAGGCAGAGUGAAGAAGAAGAAGAGACUGGAAAAUCAGCCACCGUGUUGGACUUGGAGAUUGUUUGUGGUCAACUACCCUGCAGUGGUUUUUAUGAAGUUAUAAAGUCAUUUUGUUUUCGUACUUGAUCCAACAUCUUCUAAGCCCAAAAAUCUCUUCUCUCUCUCUCUUAUCAUUCUUCUGCUAAUUUUUUCGGCACCUAACCAGUCCCGCACCGUUCAGGGUAGAAACUCCAUUCAAACUUCAAAACAUGCAGUUCGAUAUGGAGAUGGUGUGAAUUUGAUUUGUCAGCAAAAAAUGCUAGUAAUUCCUGAACUAUUAAACUGUUUGUCUGUAAAUUUUUCCCCAUGGAAAUGAAUGGACAGAAUGUUCAGAGGCUAGAGUGGGUGACAUUACAAACAGAGUGGGAGGAGGUGUUAAACGAGAAAGUUUCAGUUUAACUCGUCCUCACGGCCACAAAGUUCAAAGUCUUCCCACAUCAGUUUUCGACAGGAUGGAGGCAAAUUUGUCUUCUUUCACACAGUGUGACUGUCUAAGCAAACAGGCUCCAUGAGCCUCUGAGUGACAGGGGUAACAUCCAGCUGCCCCAUAGACAACUAUACAAAUUAAGAACCGGGAAAAAAAACAGAAACAACCUUUUUUUUUUCAACUGGCACCAUUUUCCUAAUUUUUGACCCUAUAAACAAAUAAUUCAUAUCACUGCAUCCAGCAGAGUCUCCAGACCCUCACUAUAUUAAAAAAAAUUAGGCAAGAGAUGUUAUGGCCUUUGACUGCUAAGCCAGUCAAGAGGUGUCUCUUAGCCUAAUCCAUGUCUUACUCAGUAGACACUAAGCACUUGAAAUCACCAUGGCAACCUCUGAGAGCAGUUGGGCACAAACAGCUGAAUAAGAUCAGCUGAUCUGAUGUCUGUGGUGUUAAUCAAACACUUGAUUCAACCCUUUUUCACUUCAGACAAAUUCAUCUACUCCUUCAUGCUAAUUUAUGCCAACAGUGUAGAUUAGUUUCUGGCAUUUCCUGCAGUGAAGCUCAGCUUCAGCCUUUUUGUUUUUUUUUAGCAGCCAGCAAUGCUCUUGUUUAUACAAAGUUUAGCUUUUCCAGAAGACAGCAAUCCUACCACGGUUUCCCCAGAAAUUGUUUUUUCUAGUUGGCUAUAGCAAACCACACACACACACAGACACACACACAGACACAUACAACAGGUUAAAGGAGGAUGCUGGUAUUGAUCUUUAUUUUUGUUACUGUCAACAAAUCACAUGAAAAGACCAAAACCAUCAGUGUGUUAGUCCACCUAUUAAUACUCGCUGACUUCUCUACUGUGUCUGUGUCGCUCAGUUUUGGUUUUACUGCCCACAACUUUGCUGUUUUACUUCUGUUUUUGAUUUUCACCGCUCUCAUUGGUGGCUUUUUCGGCCGCAGCAGACAGCUGUUUCCAAUGAAAAAAACUCUAAAAAAGCACUUCACACUCCCUGCUCAGCACCAAACAGCAGACACACUCAGUGACUAGCUGGUAAACAUAGUGGAGCAUUUAGCAGCUAACUGAGAUAUUUCCCUCAGGAGUUGGUAGAGAUCAAAAACAGAGCGAACAGCGACUGAAUAUUGGACAUUGAUCAGGUAGCCAGACACAACACUCCAAGUAAAUGAUAAAUAUAAAUGAUUCUCUGUGUGCUGAAUGUUCAAAUAAGCAACUGUUUCUAACAGUUUCACUAUAUCAACUUAGAAAGUGAUGAUAUGUCUAGAGCUGCAGUCAUUAACCAAUUAGCAAGUGAAUUUUUUAAAGCAAAAAUCCCACACAUCAGAUGGUUUCAUGCUGUCAAAUGGAAGAAUACAUUGUAGUAAAUGGAAUAUUUUGGGGUUUUUUGACUGUUGGUCGGACAAAACAAGACAUUUGAUGACGUCCCUUUGUGCUCUAGGAUAUUGUGCUGAGCUUUCUUCACUGUUUUCUGAUGUUUUAGAGACCAAACAAUUAAUUGAGAAAAUAAUAGGCAGAAUAUUCGACAAUGAAUAUAAUCACAGUAGUCGCAGCUUUAGCUGUAUCAGUGUUGUAUUUCCAGCUUGUUUCCUCUGCCCCCAAGGGACCAAAAAAAAUCUGAUAUUGUAGUUUUAAAAACUGGUUACAAUUAGAUUAUUUCAUUUUUUUUUUUUUUUAAAAAAGGUGAAAUGAAUUCCUAAAACAACUGGGAACUGUAUUUUCUGAAAACAUUUCUCAAACAGGAGUAAAUAGUGCAUUUAUUGCCGCUUUCACCUGCAGAUUAUUACACAUUUGGUGCUUCAGUGAGUAUUUAGAAGCAGGGUGGUGUAUGUGGGACUCGAACUACAGAGCACGUUAGUUGUAAUGAAAUGAACAUGUCACACAGUGAAAGAGUGUGGCCCACUGAUGAGUUUUAAUGGUUUCUGGACAACUGUGUAGGACCUGUUCAUCAUCAGUUUCAAUCUUUUCAUGGGAUUUUUUUGACAAUUAAAAAAAAAUACAGAACAUCACCAAACUUUCCUUUAACAGUAGUACCUCAUUAGCAUUCACAGAUGCAAAAUCAGGAUGUGACUUUUGUUUUGUCUGUAAUGUUGUUUGAAUAUUUAUUUGAUAAAAGUGACAGCUAAUUUACUCCAUAUUUAUAUCUACAUUUACACUGAUCCAUAGGAUUACAAUGAACACAAUAAUGUGAUGCUGAAUGGACUAAAAACAUCAGUGCUGAGGAACAGCUGGAAUCAGGAUUAUGGAGAUACAGAGAGAUACAGUUAGAAAUACAGAGGGGUCUUUUAUGGAGUUCAUGUAGUUGCUGUAUUUUAUUUUUCAUGUGUCCUUGUGAUAUUGUCUCAGGUGUACUGGACCAGCAUAUGUCAACUUUUGGAAACGUGCACAGAACAAUAAAUGUUCACUCUCCCUG